UCUACUGUUCCGCGUAGAGUAUUCCGCGGAUCGUUUUGGUCAGCUAGCUUACGAGCUUAUUUGCAACUUGCCAGAAGCCAGCACUCUACAACACGCGUGUUCCCUCGGAAAUUAAUCGAUCGGAACGAAGCUCGACGGUCUCGGCGGAAAGAACUUGUCGAGUCGGAGGGACCUGCGCCAACAAGCGAGAUCACAGCUCAUCGUUCGUCACUUGUUGCCAUUGCAGAAAGUUGGCGUCGGGUCUGGGCCAACAAUCUAUCCACCUGAUCGAAUCAUCGUCAUCAUCAUAUCAUAGUUUCACGCAUGUGACCGAUCAUGCGGAGGAUGAGCGGUCAUAGGCUCUCGCUGCUGUUGGUGGUGUUGACGGCACUGGUGGCGUUGACGACGGCGGCAGAGUACAAUGUGGUGGACUACGGCGCGAGGCCCGACGGCGGGACAGACUCGGCGGGGGCGUUCCUGGCCGCGUGGGGUGCAGCAUGCAAUGACACGGGGCGCUCCGGCUCCCGGCCGGUGCUCCGCGUGCCGGCGGGCAACUUCCUAGUCAGCCGGGCCUACUUCAAGGGGCCCUGCCGGAGCGCCGGCGUGGACGUGGUCAUUGACAACAAUAGCACCGUCUUCGCGCCGCCGGCAGUGGAUAGCAGGGCGUGGAUCAUGUUCCACCAUGCCGACGGCCUGGCGAUCCGUGGUGGGACGCUGGACGGGCAGGGGCAGGAGUACUGGGCGUGCAAGAAGGCCGGCAGGUGCACCGCCGGGCAAGGCCCCAGGACGCUCGACAUUAGCCAGUCCAAGGGCGUGAGCGUGAAGCAGCUGACGUUGCUCGACAGCAAGGAAUUCCACAUGACCAUCUUCGACUGCACCGGCAUGACGGUCCAAGGCGUCCGGAUCAUCGCGCCGGCCGACAGCCCCAACACCGACGGCAUCCACGCUAGCCACUCCCACCACGUGAGGAUCCUCAACACCACCAUCGGCACCGGCGACGACUGCAUCUCCUUGGGGCCUGGCACCUCCGACAUGCUCAUCAGGGACAUCAAGUGCGGUCCGGGCCACGGCAUCAGCAUCGGGAGCCUGGGAUGGCAGGACGGUGAGGAGGGGGUGAGGAACGUGACCGUGGACAGGGCGGUGCUGAAGGGCACGACCAACGGCCUGCGGAUCAAGACGUGGGCGAUGCCCAACUCCGGCUCCGUCACAAACGUCUCCUUCUCACGGGUCACCAUGAACCGCGUUGGCAACCCCAUCCUCGUCGACCAGAACUACUGCCCCCGCAAGGUCGACUGCCCGGGUAAUAGCUCGGGGGUGCAGAUCAGCGACCUGUCGUACACGGACAUCAAGGGCUCGUCGGCGACGCCCGUGGCGGUGAAGUUCAACUGCAGCGGCACCAACCCCUGCAGCGGGAUCAAGCUCAAGAACAUCAGGCUGAGGUACCGGCACCAGCGGCCGGCGCAGGCCAAGUGCCAAAACGCCGUCGGGUCCGUGUCCGGAGAGGUCACACCGCCGAGCUGCUUCUGACGAUCGGAGUUCUCUUAGCUUGACUGGUUCGUCUACUAGUAUGAUCAUUGCUUGGUGGAUCACAAAGCGACCCUUACAUGUAGCCCAGGCUGGUAGUUUUAGCGGAUUUGCUAAUUCUCAAUUGUUUGAGACAUAGUUAAACCAGAAUGAACGUCAUAAAUUUUGCGCCGUUGUUCUUGUUGAUUUUU